ACUUGUCAAUAUGGUUUAUUCAUUAUCACUGCGCAGUUUUAGUAAUCGGAGACAUAUAAACGCUAAAUAGUUUUUGUUUUUCGAUUUGAUAAGUAGCCUUCUGCGCCAGUGAGUGUAAAGGCACUUCUCAAACGACAGUGUACCUUUGCGUCGUCAAUUUAUAAUUUUAAUAUCGUCAAAAUAUCUGUGAUAUAGACAAAAUGAAGAUCCUAUCCCUGGCUUUCUUACUGGCGGUCUGCUCAGCUGCUUACGCUACACAAUGCAACGUGGAUCCAGUAAACGUUCCAAAACAAUGGGUGACCAUGUCCCGUGGAUGUAGGGACAGUGUACGAAGGCAGAUACAAAUGGAGGUGUCGGCAUCUAUCCAGUACUUGGCCAUGGGCGCCCACUUUUCAAGGGAUUCGGUUAACCGUCCCGGUUUCGCCAAUCUAUUCUUCGAAGCCAGCAAGGAGGAACGUCAACAUGCCAUGAAGCUCAUCGAAUACCUGCUGAUGAGAGGAGAACUCACCAACAACCUCACAUCGCUCAUCAAUGUCAGGGCCCCAGAACGCAAGACGUGGUCAAGUGGACAGGAGGCGUUGGAAGAUGCUCUCAAAAUGGAAACUGAAGUGACAAAAGCCAUCCGCACUGUCAUUGUCAAUUGUGAACAUGACAGGUCGGCCGCCGCCGGUCAAGAUGACAAUGACUACCAUCUUGUCGACUACCUAACUGGCGAGUUCCUCGAAGAACAAUACAAGGGACAACGCGACCUCGCAGGAAAGGCCACCACUCUUAAGAAGAUGAUGGAUCGUCAUUCGGCCCUUGGAGAAUUCAUCUUUGACAAGAAACUCCUUGGCAUUGACAUAUAAGAUGUCAUCUUUGAGUCAUAGAUUAAAAAUGUUUAUUCAGUUUAGUUUUUAGAAGUUUUUAUUAAUUGCCAGUCAUUUUUUUAAUAUUUUGUGUCAUAGUAUGUACAAAUUUUAACUCCACUAUUUACAAAUAGUGUAUUCAAAAAUCAGUUCAGAAUUUUAUUUAAUAAAUUAUAUUCCACCC